AUGGCUUCAUCGCAAGGGAAGAGUGAGCUGAAAUUCGCAGACUGGAUGGCAACUUUGCCAGAAAGCAUCUACAGCCUCCCCCUCACCAACCUAGCGAUCCCAGGGUCUCACGACUCCUUUAGCUUCUACAUCGACGAAGCCUCUCCAGUUGGACCUGAACAACCAGAAACUGUCCAGAAUUUUGUCUCCGUAUUUGGGACUGUGGCUAAAAAGUUGAUGAGAAAGUGGUUGGCAACACAGACGAUGAACUUUACUAGCCAGCUGGGUGCAGGUAUACGAUAUUUUGAUCUCAGAAUUUCCACCAAACCCAGAGAUCCUGACAAUGAACUUUACUUUGCUCAUGGUUUAUUCAGUGCCAAAGUCAAUGAGGGCCUUGAAGAGAUCAAUGCAUUUCUGACUGACCACCAUAAAGAAGUGGUCUUCUUGGACUUCAAUCAUUUCUAUGGGAUGCAGAAAUAUCAUCAUGAGAACCUGGUCCAAAUGCUCAAAGGCACCUUUGGAAAUAAAAUGUGCCCUGCUAUAUUUGCCCAAGAAGUAAGUCUCCAGUACCUGUGGGAGAAGGAUUACCAAGUGUUGGUAUUUUAUCACAGUCCAGUCGCUCUUGAGGUACCAUUUCUUUGGCCAGGGCAGAUGAUGCCAGCUCCUUGGGCAAACACAACAGACCCAGAAAAACUGAUUCAGUUUCUUCAGGCAUCAAUCAUUGAGAGAAGAAAGAAGGGCUCCUUUUUUAUAUCUCAAGUGGUGCUGACCCCCAAAGCUAGUACUGUGGUUAAGGGUGUUACUAGUGGACUCAGAGAAACAAUCACAGAAAGGGCUCUUCCUGCAAUGAUGCAUUGGGUCCGAACUCAGAAACCAGGAGAAAGUGGUAUCAAUAUUAUAACUGCUGAUUUUGUAGAACUUGGUGACUUUAUCAGCACUGUCAUAAAACUCAACUAUAUCCUGGAUGAAGGCGAAGCUGAUACUACUUGA